UUUAAUUUGUCGAAUCAGGGGUCAAUCACCCAACUUAUACCAUACAUAUCACAAGGUCGUUGGCAACUGUGCUAUUUAUAACAUGCCUGCUUUCUCGCGUCUCAUUCGCUUCCUUGCCAAGGACGGCCACGUCUAUUAUGGGGAUGCCACUCUCCCUGCUGGCGUCACUGACAUCGCCAAAACGACCAAGGCAAAAGUCAUUAAAGGUGACAUCUUUGGGCAGUAUUGUGUCACCGACCAAGUUGCCGAAGUGAAGCUGCUUUUAUCCCCUUUAGCAAGAAAAGAUAUUAAGACUGUGCGCUGCCUCGGCCUGAACUAUGAGCAACACGCAAAGGAAUCAAACCUUCCAAUCCCUAAAUACCCUGUCCUAUUUUACAAGCCUGUUACUGCCAUUGCAGGUCCAACCGAUGAUAUCCCUGUGUCUCUUAUGGCCCAAGAAGGGCAAGGCCUGGAUUAUGAAUGUGAGCUUGUCAUUGUGAUUGGCAAGGAAGCUAAGGAUGUUUCUGAAAGCAAAGCUCUGGAAUAUGUCCUUGGCUAUGCUGUUGGCAAUGAUGUUUCUCAUCGCGACUGGCAGAUAAAGCGUGGCGGUGGGCAGUGGGGUCUUGGAAAGGGCUUUGAUGGCUGGGCUCCUUUCGGACCAGGUAUUGUGUCUUCGGAGUUGAUUCGUGAUCCCAAUGCCCUGAGGAUUUCCACGAAGUUAAAUGGCCGCGAGGUUCAGUCUUCGUCGACCAAGGAUAUGAUUUUUGAUGUCGCGCAGACAGUAUCGUUCCUAUCUCGAGGCACUACCUUGCUGCCGGGUGAUCUCAUCUUCACUGGAACCCCCCAGGGAGUCGGUAUGGGCAGGAAGCCCGCGCUCUGGUUGAAGCACAACGACCAGGUCGAAGUCUCCCUUGAAGGGGUAGGCUCCUGCUUGAAUAGAGUGGUUUUCGACAAACCAUCUGUCAAGCUGUGA